AUGGCAAAACGUGGCAGAGAGAGGCAGCGAGAAAGGCGUGUGAGAUUGAUGCAGUACCUUGCCUCCAGAAACACGCUCUUCAACCUCAACAACUUUCUAGAUAAGGCUGCACUACAAGGGUAUAACAUGUCAACUUUCAUCAGACGCUACAGUCGCUACCUGAAUGAAAAAGCCAUGUCUUACAGACUAGCAGCAGUGGACUUCACCAAGAUGAAGAGAGGGGCUGAGGGUGUGAUGCGCACCAUGAACACAGAGAAGCUGAUUAAGACUCUUCCCACCAUUCAGAACCAGCUGGAUGCACUGCUGGAUUUCCAGCCUAACUCCAACGAGCUGACCAACGGAGUGAUCAACACAGCUUUCAUGUUGCUGUUUAAAGACUCCAUACGGCUGUUUGCUGCUUACAACGAAGGGGUCAUCAACAUGCUGGAGAAAUACUUUGACAUGAAGAAGAACCAGUGCAAAGAAGCUCUGGAGAUCUACAAGACUUUCCUCAACAGGAUGACCAAACUGUCCGAGUUUCUCAAAGUGGCAGAGCGAGUUGGGAUAGAUCAGGGCGACAGCCCCGAUCUCACACAGGUCAGUCUACAUCUCAUCUCAAUCAGUCAAUCAACCAGUCAACCAGUAUUUAAAUCCGUCAAGUCAAUCCCAUAAUGCUUCAUUCUAAACGCUCCCGUUCCCUACUCACCCUACAGACCUGCCCACACUGCAGCUGCCCCGUCCUCCUCCUCUCUUCUUCACUCUCCUUCGCCUUUUCCACCUUUUUUCUCUCUGAGCAGAGUCUAGAAUAGAGAGGAAACAAUAAAUGAAGCCCUGCAAAUAGCCUAAUAACAAUUUCUAAACAUCAGUGCAGGAUUUCAUUUUUUUCUUAUCUGACUCAUUGUAGAACAAAUUUUACUCUCAGGUAAGAUUUUAAGAGCAACAUUUAUGCGGCUGAAUAAAAAAUAAUUUUUAACCCCUUUUUGCAUAUUUCUAUUUUAGACAUCCAUGACCGGGGCUUAGUAUCUGUCAGAAUUUUUCCUGCAGUCUUUCUGGCAUUUUCACAGUGUAAAUAUCAAGGCUUGUCUCUUCAUUCAAAGGCUUAUCAUACAAAUAAGUCAGCACAGCUUUAUGAAAUAGGUUUUUGCUCACAUAAGCAGUGUUCAAA